GCAUUCAAAGCGCCGCGAGGUUCGCACGCAAGCGUAUGCGCAAGUGAAAGUCAGCGCAGAUUCCGCGAUUUCGUGUUCCGACAUCUUCGGCUAGUUAAUUUAAGUUGCGCCAGUGCAAGGCGAAAGGAGGUCGCAGAUCGUACGUGGCCCGAAAGGCUACUUGUAAGACUGUGUUUUGUGCAUUUGGAUAGUUUUCAAGCGUUUUUGUGAAGACUUUCGUAUACGUGAACAUGUGUUUUGUAAACGGAUAGAGCUUGUGUGAAAGUGACGUAAGUGACAAAAGUUUUCAAAAUGAGUGCUAGUGAGCCGACACUAACGGAAUCCCCGGUCCCCUUGGCGCUAGCUCGCCUGCAGGGCCGCUCGAAUCGAUUGCCCCGCGGCCUGCGCACACAUCGGCCUAGUUUGCCUCUCGCCAGCUUACAAGAAGCAGCCGAUGAAGGUCCUAGACGCUUCAGUGAUGAAACCUUCAAUCGUGAUAUAGAUGAUGACGAGGCCUUCAUCGAAACUGAUGUCGUAAAACGCUCAGCGUCAAAUGGACGCAGGGCGUCGGAUGCAACAUUUGCUGAGCGUUAUAGAAAACUGAACGAGUUCGAUGGACCUCCAACAGAAAUGCCCCGCCGUGCCUCCCUGGCCGUGCCCGUUGGUGACGGCUACGGACCCAGUGAGAAAGGACGGAGACGAUCCUGGGCAGCGAAAUUGCAACUCGAACGUAAAAAGAGACGGAAGUCGGGUGGCAAUGAUACAGACGAGGAAGGGGAGACGAUAUACAUACGCCAAAAACGUCCGUCUUGGUGGAAUGUUUUUGUGCCAGAUAAUAUGCUUAAAAACAGGUCUAGAAGGGCGUCCCAGCAGCUGUCCCGGAGCGCUGAAAGUAUUGAUCAGUCAUACAAAAGGUCCAAAAGCCGAUCUGUGGACCAUGGCUUCGCGCCGCCCUUCGACCUGGAUUCACUUCGGUCGAAGGUUGAGAGCCGAUUUGAUGCUGUACAGAAAGACGAGGAUGAGCAUGCCAAGAGGCUACCACCCCCACCCCCUAUAAAAACUGUGACGUACACGGUUCGUGACCGGGACACUCUGACGUCAUUAGCUGCUCGCUUCGACACCACGCCCUCCGAGCUGACCAAACUUAAUCGACUGGCCACGCAAUUCAUCUUCCCAGGACAAACACUUCUUGUCCCGGAUAAAAGAAAAGAUGGCGAUAAGGAGUCUGAUGGCCCUUCAGAAAGCGGCGAUAACACGUCGGAAUCUACUCAAGGGGCACCGAGCGAGCCAGCGCAAGAAAAAGAAUUGUUGGACAAUUUGAGGCCGGGUUCGCCCGAAGCGCCGACAAGCAAUGCUCCACAGAGGUUCUUGAAGAUCAAUGUGCGACACAUUACUGAUGGACAGGGAGUUGUAUCCGGAGUGCUCCUUGUCACACCAAACGCAGUUAUGUUUGAUCCAAACGUUUCCGAUACACUGGUGAUGGAACACGGCCCUGAAUCGUACGGUGUGAUUGCGCCAAUGGAGUACGUUGUGAAUGCGGCCAUAUUUUAUGAUAUUGCGCACAUGCGCACGCACGGUCCGGAUCAUAAUGCGCACAAAGUGGAGCAAGCUGAAAUAUAUUAUAUGAGUAAACCAGAGCAUUCACCUGGCAAGGACUCACUUCUAGUCAAAGACGAAACGUUCCCCGAGCUGCAGGCAGCCAGCGGGGACGGUGAAGGGGGAGAAGAACGACCUGCUUCGACUGAGGAAGAGAGAGGAGGAGCAGCAUUCCCCAAAGCCUUUGAGAGGGAGUUGGUCACACCAACUUUACAGCACCAAACAGCCGAAGAGAGGCGGAAGUCUUUGCUAGACCACCAUUGGGCUAUCCCGAGUAAAGACAGAAUGUCUAUUGAUCAAGGAAGUGAGGUAUCAUCAAGCGCAGACCAUGGUAAAGAAGAGAGCUUGGAAGUAUCCAUGGCAGAAGGAGUGGAAGGUGCUGAAGGCUCCGAUGUUGACCGUGCAGCCUCCGCUGAAGGAGAUGAUGCCGCUCAUCUUGUGAAACUUUCCUACCACGAUUCUGGGAUUGAUAUACGCGAUCCAAUUCUGCAUGUGACACCAGCUAAUGCUAAAAAGGUAUACAGCGAUGCUGAUAUAGUACUAUCUGCUGACUGGGUCCCACCGGUGUGUUUACCGCGCACGGAGCCGCCCCUUUCCGCCCCACCUCUUGGUGAGAACGACCGCGCACAACGCAAACCAGCAGCUGUCUCUUUCUCGCUCGACGGAAAUCAGAAGGAUGAUCCUUCUAAGCCGGAUAAGAAGAACAAGAUGUUAAAGCGUCUAUCUUACCCGUUGUCCUGGGUGGAAGGUUUGACUGGUGAAGGACAGCCGACAGGUCCAGGCUCUCAAGGCGACUCGUUGCCAACGUCUGCUGACAGCCAACACUCCACCAGCGUCUUCUCCAAAGUAUUUAACAGUUCGCCAAUGAACCUAGUGGAGUUUGGUACUGGUUUGUUCCUGAGUAAAACUCCAUCGGAGGAGGCGCCGCAUGAGGCGCUGUCUGGGCGCAGCUCCUUGGGCGGUUUCGGACGUUCUCACACCAAAGCAAACAUAUUGCCUCAACCGAAACUCGACUACCGAAGCAUGGUGUCCGUUGAUGAUAUGCCAGAUCUAUUUGCGUCUUUCGAUAAAUUGAUCCCGCGACCAGCGCGCCCAAGCGAUGACCCACCAUUGUACCUCCGCUUGCGCAUGGGCAAACCGGCAGGACGCCCUUUGCCGCGAUCAACACCGCUUAUGUCCUACGGCCGGAAACGUAUGAAGCCAGAAUACUGGUUCGGAGUGCCCAGAAAUAGGGUGGACGACUUAUUCAAAUUCCUAACACAUUGGGUCCCAGACCGAUACGGCCCUCUUGGGGAUGUGACUGCUAAAGGCUAUGAGCUCAUAGACAGCGACACCGAGUGGGAUGAUGACGAAACCAAGCCAGGACAAAAGGAACGAACUGGAAGUAGUGGCGAUGUUUCUGAUCUUACAAGGGAAUCAUGGGAGCUGCUCAAGGCGCCCUACGUGAAAAUAUAUUCGAUUAUGAAGAGCCAGGCCGAAGCGCUGGGCGACUCACUCGGAGAAGAACCUCAGCCAGAGGUACUGUCGAUGAGCGAUGAGUUACGCCGAGCAUUGUAUUCGUCGAGCGCCUCUGUUGACAUGGAGUUUUCGCCACCAGAUCUCAUUGGUACAUCGGAGAUCUUCACCAUGGAACACAGAGAGAAGCUAUGCAGCGUCUUACCGGCGCGUGCACAGGGAUACAUGUGGUCGCUGGCAUUUAGUACCAGCCAGCAUGGAUUUUCACUUGCCUCCAUGUACCGUAAAAUGCAGAGAGUUGACAGCCCCGUGUUACUUGUCAUUCAGGACACCGAUAAUAAUGUAUUCGGAGCGUUGACAUCAUGCGCGUUGCGUCCGUCAGAGCAUUUCUACGGAACUGGGGAGUCUCUGCUGUUCUCUUUCCAACGAAUCGAUGAGCCACGCACUUCCGACAAGGGAGAUGACAUCAAGGACAUAGAUGCUGAUGUUAAAGAGAAGAAAGAUGAGGGGAAAGAAGAAAAGGAAGAAUCACCCGCACCAUUCAAAACUAAAUUCAAAUACUGGGGUUGGACCGGAGACAAUAUGUACUUUAUACGUGGGAGCAACGAUAACAUAUCUAUUGGCGCUGGAGACGGCAAGUUCGGCUUGUGGCUGGACGGAGACCUGUACUUGGGCCGCACUCAGCGCUGUACGACUUACGGUAACGAGCCACUCAGCACACGCGAGGACUUCAUCGUCAAAAUCAUGGAGUGUUGGACCUUCAUCUGAGCGACCAAAGCAGCUUUACUAUUGUCUUAUGAAAUUUGCUACGACAAUUUGACACUUUUACAAGUCGACUUUUACUUGGCACCCGCGCCCCGCGUAUCUCUAGUCAAAAGUACUGAACUCGACCAAUGUUUUCGAUUUACAUUCGCGGAACGCGCCCGUGCGUCAAUCCUAGUCAAUUGUCAUUCGUUUGUAAGGUUUUAGAGGCGAUGGCACCCGAAAGGGACCGGCUGACUGUCAAUUCAACGCGUUGUUAUUACGUAUCAACGUUAUGUAGUAAUAUGUAGUGGGCCUCUCGGGAAAAAGUAGUAAACGCCUUUUCUCAUUGGUCGUAGAAAAAUUGUUUAGAAGCUGUGUCUCGGUGUUACCCCCAGUUAAUGAUAUCGUUGUUUUGAUGUUUGCAUUGUUGUAGUACUGCAUCUGGCAACACUGAAGCUUGCCAACCGUGACUGGUUUACAGAUUCAUCUGUGACAUAAUCUUAUCUAUCUAUCUUAUUAGUGGAGGCAAUUACCGUAGCUGCCUUGCUUAAUACAGGAUAGAUAAGUUUAUGGCAAUGUUAAGCUACGAUGCGAUCAGUAUGAAUAGGUUUAGUUUGCGUAGAGUGUUUGUUUUCAUGUUGGUAAUUUAGUCAUAAUUUUAAGUUAGCAUAAUUUAUGUUUACACUUCACUGUGAUUUGAUUGAUAUGGCAUUUUAUUGUAUAAUGAGAGUUGUUAUAACAUAAUCUUUUUAUUUCUAGUUUCAUUGGUACUUUCGAAUGUAUCGUUACAUUCAUAAGUAUUUAUAUUAUGUUAAAAUUAAACUAUUUUUAUGAUGUUAUCUCUUGAGUACAUGAGUAGUGGAUAAAUAUUAUAUUUAGAAAAAUAUAGUUAUAUUAGAAAGCUUUAUGUAAUCGUUGUGCUUAGUAAUUGUAUCACUUCGCAUGAUGUUGACUCAGAAUUUUGGGCUAUAGCCAAAUUAAUUUUUCAGAAGUGUGACCCAUUGUUACUAUGGAUAUGACAUAAGUUGACAUGCUGAUAUCAAAAUGUAAUUUUUCAUAAAAAUUCUGCAUGUGCACAUCAUACACACAAUAUUAAGUCUCUUCUCUUAGCUAGUAUGUUGCUAAUAACUGCUGCAUGUCUCUGUUUAGUAGUUUGUGAAAAUUGUGCAAUAUUUGUAGUAAUAACCUUAUAUGAACAGUGCAACAGGAUGUCAACCAUAUUGACAUAUCAUGUUCAUCAGCUUUUAGCAAAGUGUCAAUUAUUCGCAUUUUAAGCCAAAAACUUUGUGCUAGUAGCCAGCUACUGAAGGAUCCUAGUUUGUUUCAUUAUGGUCUAAAAUAAGCUAUGAGAUUAAUUAAAAUAUAUUUUUAUGAAGUAAUAAAUGUUCAUAGUAGCAUCAGAUUGUUGAGCACAUUUAUUUGCUAGUACAUCUGUCCAUGCAGUACUAUUGUUAUAAUUAUCAUAUUGACAGAACGAACUACCUAUAAAAAUAUAUCGGCAUAAUACAUUGUUAAGAAUUUUAGUUAUAGUUACUAUUGUUGAGUAGCAGUGAGAUAUGUACAUUAUUUAUUUUAAUUUUCAAAAUGCUGUAGCUGUAUUAUUUCAGGUGAUCUAUUUUAAGUUGUUAAUGUAAAUCAAGCCAUAAUAAUUGAGAAAUAUAUUCUUUUGAAAACUU